AACCAUUUAACAGUAGUGAACAGACGAUGUCCGGAGGUCCAGUCCCAGUAUGGAAGAAAUAUACCACCCAAUCCCGUGGGAUUUGGGAAAUAAUCAGAAAAAUCUUUGUGUUGGUACCAAACAGAUCUACUGGUAACCCCCUUGUAGCUCAUUUCAGACAAAUACCACCAGGGGCCAGAAUUGACGAAGCCAAUAACUAUCAAGACCCAGGAACUGUUCCUGCUGCUGACAUCAAGGGAAACCAAUAUUACAACAGAGAUUUCAGAAGAAACUAUCCUCAAGUAGUUGGAUUCAACCAAACUAAAGUGUCUGGUUUGUUACAAUUAGGUUCUUCUUCCAACCCAAGAAUUUCCAUCGGUGAUAAAGGUACCCAAGAAUUAUCAACCUUCAUUGACCCAGCUGCUGAAGUCAGUUUGUCAACUACCUUAGCUUCAGUUCCACUGAGUGUUGUCAAGGGUGAAAUUUUGGGUAAGAACGGUGAACCAAUUGUUGCCCCAUCUUUAAAUAAGUUCAAAUGGAAGAUUUUGGCUGAACCUGUGCAUGGUAUGUAUCCUGAAAGAUACCCUUGUCGUAUCUUUACUGAUGAAAAAGUUGGUACUUCUGCUUAACCGCAAUUGCAUAUUUAUUCAUGAAAGUCUUUAUAUUGUAAAUUAUUUUUUUUUAAUAUAUACAUUGAUAUAAACAGUGUUGACAGAGUCUAAGGUGUGUCAUUGUAAGAGGGAUCACAUAUAUAAGUGCGGUCUAAAUCUGAUGUUUGGAAAGAUGGCUGGAAGACCAUAGAAUCCAAACCAACAACAUAGAUAUUCUAGCACAGAAUCGACUGUGGUUCCAUAUAUUUCUGGUAGUGUUUGUAAUGCCUCUAAUGUCUCGCAUGCAUGAACUUCAAUCCAGGUUUUUUGUAGAAUGUGGUGUGUAGUUAGGGCAGUAAUUACCGUGGGUGCAAUUUGCAAACCUAUUCCAUUCAAAGCUGUAAAGCUACCAUCCUUAUACGGCCUAAUGUUAAGUAUAGGCACCUGGUAGAAGUCAUGAUAUGAAACUGUAAAGUCAAUUCGUAUGACCUCAGAAUCGAUCUUCUUUGACAUCUCAAUGCUUGUAAACAAGUAGGACUUGUCAAAAUUCACCUUCUUAAUGUAAUUGUUCUUGAUAGUGAGAGUGUACUCUUUAUCAAAAAUUAAAUUUUCUACGAGUACCUCAUUAAAGGCUGUUAUACAAUUGUUAAACUGUUCAUUGGUGAUGUUGUGCAUUGGCUGUCUGC